AUGAGCAGAUCCCGAUUCGCUCCGCGAACAGAAGUUUGCCCGGAGAUCCGUGGAACUCCGAUGCCAGCUAUCCAGAAAAAGGCGUCGACUCCGGCGCUUUCCGUGAGGUGUGCCAAUAUCCAUCAACACUAUCUGUCGCGCGAUGGCCCCGGGACGGUCGAGGGGAGAUGUACCCGAGGGAGUCGCUGCACUUUCGCCCACGGCAUCGCAGAGCUACGUCAACGUCCAGACCUCUACAAGACAAAGCUUUGCGCUUCCUACUCUCUAUGGAAGCAGUGUCCCUACGGCGAAGACUGUACUCAUGCCCAUGGUCAAGAGGAGCUACGAUCAGUUGAUGAAUCAGUUGGAGUCUUUUCAGACUCGGAGAUGCAACGACUGGAAGACAGCAAGGAGACAUUCUCUACAGCAUCCGGGGUUUGCGAUUCCGAGCUGUCGGUGUCCGCAGCGGUAAACCAGUUUGGCUUGCCAAACCUGCAUGAAGGCCCAAUGAAGUACUUCGGCUACGAUGCCUCUCUAAGCAGUGAUGGCGGCUUUCCAAUCACGACUCCCAGUGACUACAGCCCACCCUGGGGCAGCCUCCUUCAUCAGAUGCAGGAUGCAGACCUGCAUCACAUGCGUGCCUCUCCGCAUUCCAACAUGCAGAUGCUCGAAUUCUUGGCUGCCAACGGUCACCAAGAGGUUGCUCCCGAAUAUGCGGCCUUGCCGCGCGUGCACUCGUAUUGGAUUAUUUCGCGAGUGGCGUCCUCGGCAGGCGUCCGACGUUCUGUCGCAGAUGACCACAUCGUCUUUGCCUUCGACAAGGAUAUGGCUUGCAGCGAAGGUGACGUCGCCCUUGCGGAGCAGAUAUCCCUGUGCUUAGGUCUCGAUGCUGCGCGGCGAGCAGCCCCGCAGCUCUGGAGCGGCGAGCGUCCGGAACUGCUGGAGCUCUUCCCGGAGCUUGCUUGGUUUCGGGACACCGUGUUUCUGUGGAAGAUGCUUCUUCUCCCUGCUUGCGAGUGUCCACCUGUCCAGAAUUGGAAGGCAUCUGACUCGAUGCUACGAUGGCAGCACAAGAAGGGCCGCUUCGAGGUGCAUGGCUUUGGCAGCACCAAGCUCACGCCACAGGCUUCUGCUGACCAUCCGGGCUUCUUUCAGGGGGUCCUGCGCUGGUUUGGGCAGUACGAGUCCGGCAAGAAAAGCCUGAGUCGGGCCAGUGCCGCUGUGCUGGCUGGCUCCACCAAACCGCUUCAGAGCGAGGACGACAUACUCUUCCUCGAAAACGUUCCCACCUUCAAUGGAGCGGAUUCCAGCGUGUUUACAUCUCGCGAGACAGGGUGGUACCUGGCAGCCUGGCCCGGGCAUGCCAUGGCCGAUGCUUGGGAUCCCUUUGCGGACCCUGCGGACGCCCCGAAAGAGCCAGAGCCGCCUCGGCGACCUACCCUGGAGCCCAAGGAAGUUGAGGAAAUCGAGGGCGAGGAGGAUGUGCAGGAGCUGGGGCCCGGGAUCGCCAUUCCGAGCCUCGCCCAGCUGGAAGAGGUGCUCCAGGCCGCGAAGCUGAAACCCUGCCCCGAGCUCGUGCAGAAGAGUUUCGAGGGUGAUGGGGCUGCAGUUGCAAAGCUGCUGGAGGAGGGAGAUCCCAACAGCAUCUGGCUGCGGGAGGAGAGGUUGAAGGGCAGCGACGGAUGCUGCCAAUGCGCCAUAAGCUGGGAGGAGUAUACACCCCUCAUCGCCGCGUGUAUGGAGAAGCAUGACGAAAUCUGCGAACUGCUCCUCCGACAUGCAGCAACACAGCUGAACGUGGUUUGCUGCGGUCUCAAUGAGUUUGGCCCAUACAAGCAUUUUACUGUCAUCGACAUCGCACGCCAGGUGAAAAGCAAGCUUUUGCGGCGCUUGGAGGAAGCUGGUGCACUGUCUGCUGCACAGUGUCCCGAGCCACCAUGGCCCCGCAGCGAGUCAGAGCGGGAGGAGGCGGCAGUAGUGGCAGUCGAGGUUCCGGCUCCUUUGCUGCAACCUUCUGCAGCCGCAGCCGCCACAAAGCGACUCGUCAGUGCGAUGCAAGGGCAAAGGUCCUACUCCGUUGAAGCACGGACCAAGGCCUUCAAGCAGUUCAUGCUGGAGUGGCAUCCGGACAAGAGGCCGCCAGCAGAGCGUGUGACAGCCACCGCAGAGCGCGAAGCAAUGGAGUUAGUCAGGUGUGCCAAUGGCUGCUCGGCCCGGCUCGAUCCUUCCUGGCUGGCUGAGGUGGCAUGGCAGCAGCAGCUGCGGCUGCUGCGCAAAGUGGCGGAAGCCUUGGGUGCUCGGGACAGCGAGCUACUUCUGACAUACCUCACAGCGCACGCUUGCUUGAAGUCCGCCUCAAACUUUCGAAACAAGGCCAGGGCCCUGGCUCUGCAGCGCGGCGGAGAUUCCGGAAAAGGAGACGGCGGGGAAACCUUUUUAGCAUUCGUGACAACAGCCGGGCGAGACAUCGUUCGGAGAAAGCAGGGUGACUGUGCAGAAGACUGGCGAGCUCUCGACUUGAAGCCCAUCAGCCGUUCGCACUUGGCGACACCGACCGGGCUUUUCUUCAACGAACUCAUGAGGUCUCCGAAGCCACUGCUGGAGGCAGUGCUGUGCUUGACCUGGCCUCAGCUCCGGGUGGCAGUGGAGAAGGACGUGGGCCGGCCUGACUCUGCAAACGAAGGCCUGAUCCUUUACAUCGUGCGGCUGGCCGUCCGCGUCGAGUCGUACCUUGCCUUCGUGAUCAUGCACGGCCACCGCCUCGUCUUGUGGCGAAGCCUGGCAGGGCCCAAGGACUUCGCGUGGUUUUCCGUGUCCAACUCCCGUCUUUUCCAGGACUCGGAGCUGCUCAACGAGCUCGAGGUCUUGAAGAUGCUCAGCGAUUGGCUGCGAUAUGCCUCGAAGAGGAAGCAGGUUCAAACGCUCGCUAUGGCAGAUACCCUGCUUCCUGCUGCUUGCCGGGCUCACGCGCAUCUUGCUUUGAUCUUCAAGAAUGCCUGGAGCUCAGCCUGGGAAGGAAAGGUUCCUCCGCAUCAGCUCACUGCCCGCGAUGCCACCAUCCUCCUUUCAGCGCAGGCCUUCUUGAACAUCAACCACCGCUGGCUGGAAGAUCUUGGCCUGGAUAGCGCAUCAGGACAGGCAUCGGCGACAUCCAGCCUGGGAGUCGGUGAGGCCGGAAAAGCUCCCCAGAAGACAUUCGAAGCGAGUUCGGAACAGGACAAGGGAACAGGACACGAUCUGAAGUAA